GCUAUUACUAUUCAGAUAAGGAGGAGGGUCUAUGCGUAAUGCACAUCAUCAUGGACGCUUUUUGUACAGACAGGGCGUAUAGGUGCAUUGCCAGUUACAAUGUAUCGACUCGAGAACUCAGCGACAACAUUAACGGGUGUUUGAAAGACUUUUACAUUGUUAUUCUGGAUGAGGAUGCCCUACCGAGCAGGAGGUCCGUGAUGCCAAAGGAGCAGGCACAUUUUGGGGAGCGGCCCGAGCGCGUACCCCAGGGCACCUCUAAGAAUGCCAAGGAUAAGAGUAACAGUGCCACUCUGCGGGCAUCCCAGUGUGGCACUCACAGAGACCAGGAGGGUAGGAGAAUGGGCAUGAACGGGAGGAUGUCACUGUCUGACUCAGAGAAGGACUCAGAGAAAGACUCCGGAUACUCUGAGACUGGUUCGGACUCGGUGCAGAAUGAUCUGGAUGACCAGCGUAUCAGCGUAAGUGAGGCCCACCGAGCCCACAGCAGUAGCAGCUCCCUGAACCACCGGGCCCACAGCAGUAGCAGCUCCCUGAACCACCGAGCCCACAGCAGUAGCAGCUCCCUGAACCACCGGGCCCACAGCAGUAGCAGCUCCCUGGGCCACAACAUGCCCCCGUUUGAAGAGCAAAACCCCAUCUACGUCAUCAAGAACCUGGUGGUUAAACCGUCUGGACCAGAGCAACUACUGCACAGAACCCUGGCAUGGGGGGGAGGAUGGGACAGUCUGUCUGGUUCCAAGGCCCCCACACAGCUCCUACUCAUCCAAAAACCAGGGGUACCCUCCCCCGUCCCUGCCCACAACAAUCCACAGGGCCAGUCCAAGAAAGGGGGCAGUAGAAACAACAAGAACCAUAACAGCAAAAACUCAUACCUCCCCAUCCUCAACUCCUACCCCCGCAUUGCCCCCCACCCAAGGAAGGAAGGCUCAGAGCAGAGCAGAGAGGGUGCAGGGGAUGUGAAGGAGAGAAGCAUAGAGGGCCAGAGCCGGAGCAAGAGGGUGUGUACGGAGGACAAGAGAGAAGCAGUGUCCACCACCACUCAUCUUCGACCUCAGCAGCACCAACACCACCAGCGAGAGAGCAGAACCCAAUCCUAUUACAAAGUCAGCAGCAGCCAAAGCUCCUCCUCCCACCUCCCUCACCAUUCCAUGGGUGGCCCUGCCUCCUCCACCCAGCAGGGAUCUCACUACUGCCACCAACGUGCCAAACCCAGCCCCUCUCCCUCCCACUCCAACGGUAUUGGCUCCCCAUCCGUCAUCAGCUCCCAAAAAUCCUCCUCCACCUCGUCCUCCUCGUCCUCCACCGACAGCUGGGCCCCAGAGGCUACAGUAGACCUGUCCAACUGCUUGUCUGACUGCUCAUUGGUGCGUCAGCGGCGCUUCCUCAACACGGCAGAGAUCCUGAGCCAGUCGGGCCUGCUGGCCAUCACGCUACGCACCAAGGAGCUGCUGCGCCAGAAUGCCGCCACCGAGAAAGAGCUGGCCCAGCUCCGCCAGCACGCCCAGCUACUCUGCUUGGCGGCCCAGACCGGCCAAGAGGCCACCCAGCAAGGACCUAAUGAAGGUCCCAGCCCCAUGGACAAGCUGCUCCAAGCCAUGUCCCAAUCGGGACGCUACCCGAGCCUCGACUGGACCUACUUUAAUGCCAACAGCAACAACCGUCCCGAGAAAGGAGACGAGGCUGAGAAAGACAUCAGGGACAGUAAUAACAACGACAAGCAUAGCCCGUCUCAGAAUCCGUUGGUGGCGGCGCCCCUUGGUAACCAUGACGAUAGCACAUCACCUCCGUCGCCACUUUUCGCCCUGUCUCCUGACCCAGAGGACUGUCCCGAUGUUCUCGGCAGCUUGCUCUCCUUCCCCCCCUCCCCAAAGGCGGGGCCUGAGACAUGGGGGAGGCGCUAAGCCCCUGUGUGACCCCACCAUUCGCCCGGAUAGCUCAACCCACCGGGCCUAUUUACUCUAGCGCUUAUGGGGAGGGGCCUCCAUGGGGGACAUUUUGAUGGAGGAGCAUGUGCCACUGUAGGGGGAGAAGCUAAGGAGAGAGGGGAAUGCACUGAACUGUGCAAAACUGUGAAUACCCGAUCUUAACUGCAUUACAUCUGAUGGACUCUUUUUUUUUUUUUUUUUGUUGCUACCACACUUAAAUAAGUUAAACACUUAAAUAAA